AUGUGCAUGAAAGCCAGCUGCUCAACCUGCAACAAAACCACCUGGUGGGGCUGUGGCAGCCAUAUCCCCUCCGUCAUGGAUGCGAUUCCCGACAGUGAGCGAUGCACCUGUGAGCCUCAGGUCGAGCGGGAGGGCAAGAAAUAUCCUCCCAAGGCCAGUUCGUGA